AGAAAAGGAAAGACAUGAUAGUAUAUGGCGAUGAAUGAACAAAGAAAAAGAGAGAAUUUUGAAAUUAUCGUGAGAAGAAGUAGACCGGAAAACAACAAACAAGGGAAUGUGACCCCACUGGCUUUUUAGCUUUGGAAUCAAACGGGGAAGAUCAAUAAAAAAAAUAUAGGCAAUAGGCAAAGGCAGGCGUUGCGCACUUUUUAUCGUUCACUUGUUUUAUUAGUUUUGGAAGCUGAGAUGGAUUUCAGAACGCCCGGGCGAACUGUCGGAAUAUUUUUUCGUGUUCUUAUUGCUUCGCUGCCUGUGCCCCGUAAGGCGCCCCCACUCCUCCCUGUUUCCAUCCAACUUCGGCCUUCUUAGCCUCCAAUUCUGUCUUUUUUCUGCUCUACCUGAGAAUUACAAAUGCCAAAACUGAUGAGAGCUCUGUAGUACUACAUUUUGGAUUCUGCAAUGAAGCCGCUAAUAGGGGCUUAAUUUGGUGAGUAUUAUUAAAACAGAGUUGUUGAGCCAUAGCAAACCAAUAUUAGGUGGAUGAAUCUCAGAUAUUGUGUGUAUUUCUUGAUAUGCGGAAAAUAAUGGAGGAAUACACUACUUUAUCCUUUCAGAGAUUGGGUGCAAGGCAGCUCAGUAACUUGGUAGCAUCUGGUGCCAUGUCUUCAUCUUUACCAGUUCUUCCCACCCCUCUGGAAGAGAAGUAUCCCAAAUUACCAGAUUCCCAACAAGUUUCAUUGGAAAGGGAAAUAAUGGCAAAUUCUGUGCCUCCACAUGCAACUCAAUUGGCCUCCAACAGUGGGGUGGUUGGGCACAUGUUUUCAUCAGCUUCAGGGUUCACAACAGAUCUCCAUUUCUCUUCAGCACCCCAUGAGAGGCAUUUUACAAAUGCUCCAUUCAUUUCUCAGUCAUCGAGUGAUGGGAUAUCUUUGCCACUAACACGUUCUUCUCAUUCAGGAGUAUUUCAAUCUAGGCCAAUGAGUCAUUACCCUAGAGAGAACAACAAUAUUUCCUGGUCUGCAGAUCAGUUGCAGAGUUUCCUUGAUUUUCCUGAAAAUGUUCCUACCCAGAACAAUCAAGUAGAGAGUAGUAACAGUGGUAUCAUGCCGUCUGAUGAUAAUACAAAACGAAGUGAUUGGCAGGAAUGGGCAGACCAAUUAAUCAGGGAUGAUGACCCUUCGACCCCAAAUUGGAAUGAGCUUCUUGCUGACACCAAUGUUGCAGAUACUGAACUAGAGACAGCAUAUCAGGCACCGAAACCCCCUCAAAAUUUCUUGGUGCAGCAGCCUCAAGUUCAUCAGCAGAUUCCUGUUCUUUCUGGAGAUCUUUCGUCUGUGGCUAGCCCUUCUUCAUCAGUCACUGGUGUUCCAAACAAGCCACGUAUGCGUUGGACCCCAGAGCUCCAUGAGUGCUUUGUAGAAGCUGUCAACCAACUGGGUGGCAGUGAAAGAGCUACACCGAAGGGUGUACUGAAACUUAUGAAAGUUGAAGGCUUGACCAUCUACCAUGUAAAAAGCCACCUGCAGAAAUAUAGAACAGCUAGGUAUAGACCAGACUCAUCAGAAGGAUCUUCGGAAAAAAAGAUGUCUGCUAUUGAAGAGAUGACCUCGUUAGACCUGAAAACCAGGGGCAUUGAAAUCACUGAAGCAUUGCGACUGCAAAUGGAAGUUCAGAAGCGCUUACAUGAACAACUUGAGAUUCAGAGAAACUUACAAUUGCGAAUAGAAGAACAAGGGAGAUAUCUCCAGAUGAUGUUUGAGAAGCAAUGCAAAAGUCAUAAUGACAGGCUCAAGACCUUGUCUUCCAAUUUAGAAGAAUCCUCUGCUCCAUUAUUGGAUGUGAUGCAGCACUCUGCCAAAAAUGAAGUGGAACCCACGAAAAGCUGUGCUGAAACAGGAAAUGACAUUAUGGAUGCCAGUGCAAUACCAGAAGAAAGCUCCAGGAAGAUGAGCAGGAAGCAGAAGGAACCUGAAUCCCACAGUGAGGAUCUCAAUCUAGAAGGUGUCAGUGGCUCCGAUUCACCACCCAUAAAGCGUGUAAAAGCAGAUGAUAGAUCUGUAGCAUCUGCUAAAUUAGCAUCCGAUUGACAUGUCUUUACUGCUGACAUUCCAGCUCCUUAAGUACAUGCUAAGCAUGGGCAAUGAGGAUUCCUUUAUGAUAGGAAAAACCUUUCUGCAGAUUUUUUUUUUAUGAUAGGAAAAACUUUUCUGCUUCGUAGGAGUUUUGGAACAUUAGACCUCUCUCUGUCUAAUUCUGGGUAAAUAUUCCUGAUACUCAAUAAAGAAAAAGUCAUUUAAGUUUUGAUUAAUAUGUUUAACUUCCUUAUUUGUGCCCCCUCACCAGGAGGGUGAAGGUAGAUUGAAACUGGAAAUGGGAGACAGCUUCACCGUGUAUGCCCAAGAUAGGUAUUUAUUGUAAGGAAUUUCUAUCGACUUUAUUGCUAAAAAGCUUUUGGUCAAAUGGAGUAGAGUAACAAUAUUCUUGCUCAA